UAUGACAAGCAUGACAACCAAAUUUAUUCUAUCACACUCGUCCUCACCCCACUGAGGAAGACAAAGAUAAGACUUAAAGUCAGUCUCUCUGACGCUAUAAUAAUUCAGUCGGUCCACUAGUUACUUCUAUCUGCUUCACUCCCAGACAGAAGCAGAUUUUUCAACUGAAGCUGAAGGCCACAAACACGGAUUUUGCUUGAACAACUUUCCCUGGUUAUAGUUGUCACUUUUUUGCAGACUACCAUAGAAAUUUAUUUCUAUAUUCUGAAAAACUCCUUCAUCACUUUGGAUACUUUAAGCCCUUACGAUGCUGACUAAGAAUUAUUUAAUCUACCUUCUUUUUGCAACCCUCUUAAUUAUGGCUGUUAUCCAGCCAGGAAAUGCUAAGAAAAAGAGGAAAAAGUCAAGGAAAAGAAAACGACCCACUCAAGUGGAAUCUUACAACACAACAACCUGUGCUGAGAUAAUGCUGCCAAUGUGCCGGAAUUUAAUUCCUUAUACACAUACUCAAUUAACGAUGAAAAAAGAAGGAGUUUUAAUGACCCAAGGCCAAUUGUCUGCUCUGGUUGAACCACUCUGGGCAUACAUGGAUACUGAAUGCUCUCCACAUUUCCGGGAGCUGGCAUGUGGUUAUUAUCUGCCAAAAUGCCACCCUACAACAGGUAAGCCAAUGCUGCCUUGUAGGUCUCUGUGCAGAGAUGCUAAAAAGGAAUGUUCCAGAACUUUUAGUAGACACAGAAUAGAUUGGCCUAGUGAGCUGAAAUGCACCAAUUUCCCAACCAAAAAUUGUAUGACUUCAUCAGAUGAUAGUCAUGUUACUUCUGUUGUAGACACUGGAACAAGAUGUAUCCACAAUGUCCUUCCAAUGUGUGCAAACCUUACUUCAAACCAUACUGCAGUUAAGAAAUAUAUGUUUGGAGUCCUACCUAACAUGUUUCUACAGAAUUCACCAGGAAGGAUUUUCAUAGAAAUGAAUAAUUUCGAAGCACUUGUUAAAUCACAAUGCUCACCAAAUCUUGCUUUCUUUGUCUGUGGCGUUUACUUACCAUUCUGCACUGGCAAUGAAGGUACCGAUGGAUUCCGCGUGCCAUGCAAAGAAUUAUGUGAGGAAGUGUUCUCAGCAUGUAAAGCUAAGUUGUAUGAAAUCACCGGAGUUAACUGGCCUAGUAAAUUCCAGUGUCAUCGUUAUCCUUCAAGGGAAUCUACAAGCAACCGUUUGAAAUGUCUGGAAGCUGAACAAUUGGAUAUUAUACGACAAGCUGCACUCCCUUCUCUAAACAAGACCGAAAACUAACUUGCAUUACCAACCAAAUAUUUUCUAGAAAGGAGACGCUAAGCUAUCUUUUAUUCAAUCUUUGUUUCAUGCUACUAGAAUCUGCAAACAUCCAUAUAUAUACAUAUACAUACAUACAUACAUCCAACCACAUACAUCCACAUACAUACACUAUUUUGUGCUAAAUGCAACUAACAUACUUAAAUACACUUUAUUUAAUUAAUUGCUUUUUCCCCCCCAAUACAUGAAUUUCUUCACCUAUCUUAUUUUCCUUCAAUCUUUGGUUAAUAGUAGUAAUAAUAACAAUAGUAAUAAUAAUGAUAAUUAUAAUGAUAACAAUAAUGAUGAUAAUGAUAAUUUAGAGGAAGAAAUGUUUGAUAAACUUCUGCAACAAGGAGAAAUGAAAAUUUUUAUAUGAAUUUUAAACCCAUCAUCAUUAUUAAAAAUUUCAACAGUUAUUCAUAAAAGAAAGCAUGAAAAUAAAAGAAAUUUCCAGUAGAAAGAAAAAUUAUAUUGCAGAGGAGCAAUCGUAUAUUUUAUAGCUUACA